AUGGGCUUCCUUGGAAUCAUUCCAGCAAACAAGCUCGCUGCGUUCUACGACCCCAAGACCCAACAACUGACGUUGUCAGCUGAAGGCUCUGUGGAGGAAUAUACAGGCGGCUUCCGCUUCAGACAGGUUCCCUGGAUGGGAGGUUUCAAGUUCUAUCUUGAAGCCUGGUCUGGCCCAGUAACAUUAGGGAUCCAGCCUUACGCUUUUGAUCAGAGCUUCAAGGUCUCCAUGGUCCCGUUUCCUAAGGAUGUGAUCAUUGUUGAUGCAAAUCAUCCCAAUGGAGUUCCAGUUGAAAUCCACUUUGGGGGUCUUAAAGAGCCCGCAAGCAAUUAUGCUGCUGCCGCGCCGUCCAGCAGUGAUGGAAAGGCCGUCCAGGAAUUUCCGGCGCCGCCACAGGACACCAUUAAUAUCUUGUACAAGUGGCCGUUCGAAGUUCAGCACGCAGCGGAGGUCCCCAAAUUGGGCUAUAUCAAUAUCGACUUCGACAAGCGCUUCCUCGAACUCGAGAGUGCUGGAAUUAACAAUGGACAAAUCGUCUGGAAAUUCAACUCUCUCGAAACCGGCAACACUCAAAUCAUCAUCAGUGUCAACGGCGGAAUCGCUCAGUAUACUUAUCGAGUCGUCAAGGACGUCCGCAUCUUUGUGCUUGAUGAGAUCCUGGAGCCCGGCCCGGUGAUCACACAGGACAAGAAUGAAGCUGAGGCAGAGUCGGCUAUCCUCAGUUAUCUCGGUCGUGUCAAUAUUGCCCGUCGCAAGGUACUGGAGCAUUACCCGGACGCCCUUCUGUACAAGGCUGAAGCUAGCACCACAGAGCGCCAGGGAGUGACUUCUCCCAAGGCCCUUGGACAUUUGCGCGCUAUUUUCCGUGUGGAUGAGGGUACAGUUACCAUAAACUCUACUGGAUUUGGUAGCUUUGGGGCAGCGGUUUUUAAGCCAGGCAAUAUUGUGGGUAAUGCAAACGUUGACUGGCCUGUUGGUAUGGAUGCAGACGAGGCAGAUCAGAUCCUGAAAAAGGAGGGAUUCAAUGGCCCUUACACGGCUUUGACAUUGAUGAAGCCUUCGUACACAGGUCUUAUGGAUGAUAUCUAUGUCUUCAUAAUGGCCGAUGGUAUUGAAAAGUGGGUGAAUACUAAGACCAAGAAGCUGAUUACCGAGUAA